AUGUCCGAUUCAGUUGCUGCUCCAGGCUUCCAAGCUUCUGCAUUUUUUGAAUACUUGCACGAAUGUUUGAAGGAAGAAAUGAUUAGGGAAAUUGGUCUUGGUACCAUUAAAGCUGUUAUUGUUGUGACCCUUAAGAACAAGGAAAACAAAGAAGAAACCUGGGUUAUGGAUUUCAAAGAUAAAGGUACAUUGAAAAAAGUCACUGGUGGUCCAAUUCCAAAAGGUGAUGUUCAAAUUGCUUUGAAAGAUGCUGAUUUCAUGAAAAUGGCCAAUGGUAAAGCUAAUGGUCAAAAAUUGUUCAUGUCUGGUAAAUUGAAAGUUAAAGGUAACUUGAUGAAGGCCACUUCUAUUGAAUCUCUUUUCAAAGACUUGGGUCCUCCACCAGCUAAAUUGUAA